AUGGAUAGAAGAAGCAGUAACAUCACAGCUUUUAUUCUAUUGGGGCUUUCCCAAAAUAAGAACACUGAAGUCUUCUGCUUUGUGUUCUUUUUAUUUUGCUACCUUGCUAUUUGGAUGGGCAAUGUACUCAUAAUGGUUUCUAUCACAUGCACUCAGCUCAUUGACCAACCCAUGUACUUCUUUCUCAACUACCUCUCACUUUCUGACCUCUGCUACACAUCCACAGUGACCCCUAAAUUAAUGACUGACUUACUGGCAGAAAGGAAAAUAAUUUCCUAUAACAACUGCAUGAUACAACUCUUUAGAACUCAUUUAUUUGGAGGAAUCGAAAUCUUUAUUCUCACAGGGAUGGCCUAUGACCGAUAUGUGGCCAUUUGCAAGCCACUGCAUUACACCAUAAUCAUGAGCAGGCAUAGGUGUAACAUGAUCAUCAUGGCUUGUUGCACUGGGGGAUUUGUGCACUCAGCCAGUCAGCUUCUUCUCACUGUCUUCUUACCAUUUUGUGGCCCAAAUGAAAUAGAUAUCUAUUUCUGUGAUGUGUACCCUUUGUUGAAAUUGGCCUGUUCCAACACACACAUAAUAGGUCUCUUAGUCAUUGCUAACUCUGGCUUAAUUGCUUUAGUGACUUUUGUUGUUUUGAUGUUGUCUUAUUUUUUCAUAUUGUAUACCAUAAGGGCAUACUCUGUGGAUAGCAGAAAGAAAGCUCUGUCUACUUGCAGUUCCCACUUAACUGUUGUAGUCCUGUUUUUUGGACCUGCUCUAUUCAUUUAUAUCAGACCAGCUACCACCUUACCGGAAGACAGAGUGUUUGCUCUUUUCUACACCAUCAUAGCUCCCAUGUUCAACCCUCUGAUCUAUACCCUGAGAAACACAGAGAUGAAGAAUGCCCUACAGAAAGUCUGGGGCCAUCAAUUGUUUCUGAAAGGAAAGUAA